GAGGAAGAAGUUACUGUUCGGAUACCCAAGAAGCCUCUCGAAGCUGAGAAAAAACUUGCGGUCGCUGAAAAGCCGAAGGAGCUCCUGGAGGCCGAAGUUGCUACUGAGAUCGAGCUUUCGAAAGAACUCGAAAGUGAAGAAUGUGACGUCUCCGUAGUUGCAACAUCAACCGAGGCGGCCAGCAUUACUGUUCGGCUGCCCAAGAAGCCUGUCGAAGCUAAGGAAAAAGUUUCAGUUCCUGAAAAGCCGAAGAAGCUCCCGGAGGCUGAAGUUGCUUCUGAUAUCGAGCUUUCGAAAGAACUCGAGAGUGAAGAAAUUGAGGUCUCCGUAGUUGCAACAUCAUCCGAGGCGGCAAGCAUUACUGUUCGGCUGCCCAAGAAGCUUGUUGAGGCUGAGGAAAAAGUUGCUGUUCAGCUACCCAAGAAGCCUGUUGCAGCCGAGGAAGAAGUUACUGUUCGGGUACCCAAGAAGCCUGUCGAAGCCGAAGAAAAAGUUGCAGUCGCUGAAAAGCCGGUGGUGCUCGUUGAGAAGAAACCUGAGGCGGCCGAAAUUACUAGCAAGAUCGAGCUUUCGAAGGAUGCCGAAGGUGAGGAAACAGGCAUCUCCGCAUUUGUCACAUUAUCUGACUCGGCCAGCAUUACUCUUCGGUUACCCAAGAAGCGUGUCGCUGCCGAAGAAGGAAUUGCAAUUACAGAAAGGCCUAAGGAACUCGUCGAGAAAAAGAAGCCCGAGGAGGCCGAAGUUGCUACUGAGAUCGGUUUUUCGAGAGAAGCGGCGCUUGAUAAUUCUUAUGUUUCUGUGGUGGCAGCAACACUGGAGGUAGCUGACAUUAUGGUCCGGUUAGGAAAGAAGCCUACAGGUGCCAGGGGGAUUUCAGAGGUAGAGGCUAUAACAGAAGAAAUGCAGAGAGCUGCCACGAAGGACAGCAGGCUGAAAGGUCUCGGCAUUGAAACCGUGGAUGACGUUGAAGUCUCAUUCGAAUUGUGCAGAAAUUUGCUCCUUGAGUUUGCUGAGUUGUCAAAACCUAUGUUUGAUUCAGCAAUGUUUCAAAUACGGUUAGCAGAUAAGGGAAAGAAGAUUAAAAAGAAGGCCAGGAAAGCGAAGGAGCCGCUUAUCAUUGAGAAACUGGCUGCAGAAGAGGAAGCGGUGGAAGUUGAUUUUGACUUUGAAAAGAAGAACGUUUACCAAGUUACAUAUUCCUCAGCCUUGGUCGGUGCUUUGGAAUCAGUAAGUGAAUCCUUUGUAGUAGCUAAGAAAGGUGAGGAAAUUCUGAAAAGGGUGGAAGCUGAAGAAUCGUCCUUGCAAGACAAAAUCCGAAAGAAGGGGCGAAAAAUUUCGCCACUUUUGAAAACUGUGAUUUCCUUGGUUGUCGAAAAACCAUCGGAGCAGGAUUUUGUCGAACUGGAGAUUAUUCUGUCUAACGUCGAGCGCUGUACCCUUUCAGUUCGCCCGGUGGUUAUGCGAAAGAUGAAAAGAACACUUGAAAAACCAGAAGUACUUGUAAGUGCGCCAACUACCGUGGAAGAACUCCCGGUGGAAGGAGUGUUUGUAACAUUUGAAUUCACAAAGCAGCGGACGCAGAAGAUUGGUGUCGGCGCCGUGUUCAAUUCGGAGCAGCCCACCGAACAAAUUGAGCUCGUGGAAGAAAUUGUGCGGCCAGCGCUGCGUGAAGAAGCUGCUCAACUGCUGUUCAUGCACCGCGAACGCGCUUCUACGUCGAUAGCCGUAUUUUAUGAGGAAAAAGGUAAGAGCUGCACUGACGAAGCAGUUGAAUGUGCCUUCAAGAAACAAGAGAAACAGUCUGCUGAAACACAAUUACCGCAGAAGAUUACCGUCGAUGUUGUUUCUACGAUGCGUGAGCCGGUGCAGAAGGCUACGCUCGAACUACUGACGCAGCCAAGCAGGGACGUCUCAGAUCAGUGGAAGUUCGUGAUUGCCGAAAUUGAAGUAGAAGCCGGUGAAGAGCUGGCGACAACUGAUGGAACUGUCGAUAUUUUGGCGACAUUCGAAGAGGCCGAACUAACCACGUCGGAGGUUACGUCCGACAUUCUGGAUGUUGAUGUCUCUUUGGAGGCUAUGCUGGAAGAGGAAUUUAUCGAAGCUACUGGGCCUACUUUCUACACUCAGUUUAAGUAGUC